GGUCGGGGCGUCUGCGCAGUCGCUUUUCCUUAGGCGGCUGCCAUGGCGGGGCAAGAAGAUCCGGUGCAGCGAGAGAUUCACCAGGACUGGGCGAACCGGGAGUACAUUGAGGUCAUCACCAGUAGCAUCAAGAAAAUCGCGGACUUUCUCAACUCGUUCGAUAUGUCUUGUCGUUCAAGACUUGCAACGCUAAACGAGAAGUUAACAGCUCUUGAACGGAGAAUAGAGUACAUUGAAGCACGGGUGACAAAAGGUGAGACGCUCACCUAGAACUACACCAUGUUGCUGCUGGGAACUUGCUUUACAGAACACAGGCCACAUGCGAAAGGCCCCAGCAGCCUUCAGCUCCUUCCUGUCUCCUUAAGAAUACAACAGGGCUUAUUCUUAUUUUUGUUUUUUCAAAAGUGUGGCCUUUGGGCUCUGCCAUGUACAUCUGGGGGUGUGACGUGACAUGUGGGAGGAAGUCCAGGGGAACUCUUGGAAACAAUAUUAGGCAUUUUACCUUUUCAGUAACAUUUUAUAGAACUACUUGUCAAUAUAUUUGAGGCAUUCAGAGCCAAAAGCCUGGGACUCUUUGUAAAGGUCCUCCCCACCUUUUUCUUUCUCUCAGACUUUCCUUACAGCUUUCAUUGCCUCUGCAUAGAUUAUAUAAAGUCUUUUUCUCCUCCCAACCUAUGGUGGUGGGAAGGGGGACAAGAGGAGAGCAUUGUGGCCAAGACCGUUAUGCCCUGGCAAUGUGAAUGCCAGAGAAUGUUGUUGCUAACCCACUAGUUUCUUGUUUUAGGAAGGUCAAGGCCAGGCCCCCACUUGCCUUGAAGGGACAUUUUCAGAGUUUUCUUUCUGUCACCUAGGGUGUCUGUGCCUCUCAUAUUUCCCUAAUAAAUUCCUCAGCUUUA